UUCCUUAUGAGCCACCCGGAAGGCAGUCCCCUCCCGCCCCACCUGGAGAGGAGCUUAAAGCCCAGCCGGGUGGCCCCGCACACGCACAGCUCCCCUGCACCAUGCCCAAGGCCAGCAGCGCGCUCCUCCUCGCGGGGCUCCUGGUUCUCUGGGCAGAGCUGCUGCCAGCAUCCGUCCUGAAUGUCACGAUAAAAGCCGGCGUGUGCCCGGAGCCAGCAGCAGAAGAAGCGAACUGCACGAUGGGGUGCCAGUCCGAUGGCGACUGCGAGAGCACCCUCAAGUGCUGCCCGGCGGCCUGUGGCAAGGCCUGCCAGGAGCCCAACGAGAAACCUGGCACCUGCCCGUCCGUGAAGCCAGGGAUCCCCAUGCUGGGGCUCUGCAUUAACCAGUGCAAGAUGGACUCCAACUGCUCUGGGAGCCUGAAGUGCUGCAGGAAUGGCUGCGGGAAGGUCUCCUGUGUGACUCCACUGUACUGAGGUGCAGCCUCCUUCAUCCCAGCUGUAGGGAAGCUGCUGCCCAAUGUGACGCUGCAUGGCCAGGCCCUGAUGCCCUCCUGCCCCGGCCUUGUCUGGGACCCCAGCAUGGAGCCUUCAGCCUCAACUCCCAUCCGAGGGCCCCGCUCGGGGUGUGCCACAGCCCCCUGCACUCUCGCCAAUAAAGCAGCCACUCCCUGCCCUGUU